AUGAGUUCACCAACUGUAAGGAAGGCCUUGGCCACUCUUCUGCGCGAUCCAGGCAACGGAAACUGUGCGGACUGUAAAACGGCAUCACACCCUAGAUGGGCGUCUUGGUCCCUGGGCGUCUUCAUAUGUAUACGCUGCGCUGGAAUUCAUCGUUCGUUGGGGACACACAUCUCGAAAGUGAAGUCAGUGGACCUGGAUACGUGGCAGGAAGAGCAUUUGCGAAAAGUAGUGGAGUUCGGCAACAACAAGAACGCCAACGCACGCUACGAAGCAAAACUUGAGCAAGCCACGCCGGAUCCUUCAAAGCUGAACGAUUUCAUCAGGAAAAAGUACGAGUUAAAGAAGUGGGCAGGGACAGCGUCGAUGAAAUCGUCGCCCAGAGUGGAGGCCAGCCAACCUCCGGUGCACAGUGCUUCUCAUGACUUGUUGGGGGAUGCUGCAACACAGUCUGCGCCGCCUUCGGUGAACACCGUUCCGAGCAGGGUUAGCACGCCAUCGCAGGUCGAUCUCAAUCUAGCCACACCACGCGCCAGUUCCAAAGGCGCACCUCGCGAGCUCAACGGGAGACCCGACCUGAAGAAGUCCAUUUUGUCGCUUUAUUCAAAGCCAAGAAACUCUUCGGCCAGUGUGGCAAGCGCUCAGAGUGCAUUUAGUUUGAGCAGUUCCGUGGAGCCCUCGAGUGCUAGCAGUAAGCCUAGUCCGACCCCAGCCGCCUCGUUGGAGGACAAUGAGCUGUUCCGCAACGUGUGGUCAUAG